AUGGAAGUCGCCGGCACAAUCAUCGCCAGCGUCGGCGUCGUGGGUCUGUUCAACACGGCGCUGGAAGUCUUCGACUACGUCCAGUCCGCCGCGGCAUUUGGCUCGACGCACGAAGUGCUGCAAGUCAAAAUUGAGGUUGAAAAGGUGCGCCUUUUAAUCUGGGGGCAGUGGAUUGGUCUGGAUGGGUCCGCAGACCAGCGGGGUGAUGCGGUGAAUGAGGUGCUGGACCGGGAAUAUCUGAGAACGGCCGUGGCAGGACUGUUGGUGUGUUUUGUCAAGAUUUUGGAGGAUUCUGAGGGAUUGCGGGAUCGGUAUGGACUUGUUCCGCGUGUGGAUCACGGGACGGAGACGGGGAUGGAGAUGGAGAAUCUGGAUCAGCAACUGCUUGGAUCGACUUUCAAGCGAACAUAUGACAAAUUUCGUGGGAAUCCGUCGAGGCGGCAGAGGGAUUCUACUUUAGCCCUGAGAAUGCGAUGGGCUGUGGCAGACGAGAGACGUUUUCGACGGCUUGUUGAAGAGUUGAAAGCCAUCAAUGACAGCCUCAAUCACCUGCUGCCAGCCAUUCGAGACAAGACGAGGGUUCUAAUGCGUACUGAAAUCAUGAAGAGCACUGACGAACAUCAACUUCAAAAUCUUGUAAAUUCCUCCGAUGAUAUCAAUGAUCCGGUAUCAGGGGCGGCAAGUCUGAGACUGGAAAUGCUUUCCGGGAGAGGUGUAUCCAUCCAACCUAACCCUACAACAGCGCGCAACAGGGUUCCAGCCCACCAACUCGUUUUGAUACCACAGCCAGGUCCAUCAGCGCUAACUUCGAGAUCCAGUACUGCUGUGGCUCCUGAUGCACCUAUUUCGGAACCUCUGGCCACAGAGACUACUGCGCUAACACCAGUAGCUCCAGCACCUCCGAGACCCGCUCCACCACCAAUCGCUGCUCCAGCUCCCACAUCGGAGCCAAACAGACUAUCGAUACCAGCAGGCCCGCCAUAUGAUAAUACAGGAGCGCUCGUCGUACACAAAGUUUUCUCCGGGGCCGGGGUUCCUUCCUUCUUCUCAUGGCAUGUCAACGUCGAAGACCUGGACCAACCAGCCCCAAAGCGCGAACCAAUCCAAAACAUUGCAUUCGGUAAGUCACCACCCAACGCUCAACCCCGUCUCUUCUCUAAACCCCGGUAGACAUGUUCCGCAUCCCAUCAAAUCUCCUCCACUGCUGCCAACGACUCCUCGAAGUCGACCUGGACGCUGACCCAGAAUACGUCGGCUGGGCUCCUGCAUCUGUAUCCCCGAAGGGAUUUUCGGGGGAGUAUGGAUUCAAGCGACUACAGGAUAUGGACAUGCCGCCGCCGAAGAAAUGGCUGCGUGCGACUGGGACGCCGAGUGUGAGUUUCGAUGAUUUGCUCAAGAGAUGGAAUGAGAUUUCGGCGGCGGGGGGGCUGGGGCCGAGGUGGACGGAGGAAAUUGGUCAUCAGCAGGUUAGGAAUCUGCUUGGGUUCAGUGAGUAGGUAGUCAAUUGCCCAUUAUUUACUUACCGAAUUGAGAGCCUAACCAUUUGCAGACUUGUUUGGCUCGAUCCAAAAGAGACUGUCAAGAGCCGCCAUCAGAUCUCAGAUCUUCUGGCUUCAUUGAGUAGGGAAAAUAUAUUCCCUGCAUUUGAAGAGCAAGAAGGCAGUGUUGGAGCGCUCGCUCUCCAAGCUGUGGUCAGUCCAAAUAGCGAUUAUCACGGAGUCGACUUCUUAUACCACAUGCUACAGGCGAAGGAGCUCUCACUCAGACUAGAACGAGAGAAAGGUCACUGGCACGGCGGCAUCACUCGCAAAAUCAUAUACGACAUGAUUGCCGCCGAGUUAUGCAUGCGCAACCUCGAAGUCAAAGCCACCGACGGCAAAUACGAGUUCGCAAUUCGUAUGGAUGUUCGCCAGCGCCAAGUCGACGCUAUGAUAUCCUUCGCCGAGAAAAUGAAAUGGCCCUUCAAAGCUGAAGCCUGCAAGACCCUCAACGACUUCUUGCAUUCAGGCGAAGAAGUCAGCAUCCGCACCUGGGACUGGGUCGCCGGCCUCGCACUCCCUGGAUCAUGCUUUCCCCUGACAUUGAUGUUCGGCCUAUACCAAGCAUGUCCCUCGCUCAACAAGACACCUCCCGAGGGCAUCAUCCAAAUCCGCCACGGAAACUUCGGCCUCGUUUUCCCUCAAGUCUCAUACUGGCACAGCCGCUCCAUCAUUGGUCGCGUCCUCGCCGUCGUCCCAAAAAUCCACGAAAUAUGCGGCUGGGUCGGGCCAUGCAUGUCGCCCAUCGGGCUCGAAACGUACCGCACGCCUGCCGCACUGGUGCAAGUGCACACGCGCGCUCCGGCAUUCAAGUUGCGAGAUUCGGCGGGCGAGCAGCAGCCGUUUGUUCCUUCGGACGGACGCUUGACGUGGGAGGAACCUGUACUUCCCCCGGUGCCGGAGGAGGUUUGCGUGUUGCAGAAAUUGCGUGUACUCUCCGUCCCCACGGACGUGAAUUCCGCCACACCAGGCGGCGUGGUGACGGCAUAUCGCGCAAAACUCGAUUUCUACCUACUCAGGGCCAACAAACCCAUCACCCUAACGCUUUACAGCAACAGCAUUUUCGUCGCCGCGCCGCCGUGCAAAGGGACACACAAGAUCGACCCCAAGUGGGCCAGCACCUACACCCGGACCAUCUACGAAGUGUCGCAGCUCGACAAGGCGGAGCUCAAGACGGAUGUGGUCACGGUGAUCAAUGCGACGGGACAUGGUGUGCAGGCACUUGCAAGAGCGUGGUGCGCGGAGAAGGGGACGAAUGCGGUGGUUUGGAAGAGAGAUGGGGAGUGUUGUUUUAAGUGUGGACUGAUGGUGGCUGGGAAGGAGGGGUUGGAUGUUGAUGUUUUGAUUCUGUGCUGA